AUGCUUGCUCCCGUCGUUGCUGCAUGCUCUCAUUUGACACCCCCUCCCCCCAUCCUGUCAUUGGCAUCAGGUGGUGUCAUCUCCGGCAUUGGCAAGGGUAUCAUCAGCUCCUCGCUUGGCACCAUGCUCACCAACUAUGGCUUGAACGUGACCUCAAUCAAGAUUGACCCUUACCUCAAUAUUGAUGCUGGUACCUUCUCUCCCUACGAGCACGGCGAGGUCUUCGUUCUGGAUGAUGGAGGUGAAGUUGACCUGGACUUGGGCAACUACGAGCGCUUCCUCGACACUGAUUUGACUCGCGACAACAACUUGACCACUGGUAAGAUUUACCAAAAGGUCAUUGAAAAGGAGCGCCGUGGUGACUACCUCGGCAAGACCGUUCAAGUUGUUCCCCACGUGACCAACGUCAUUCAGGAAUGGGUUGAGCAGGUCUCACGUCGCCCCCUCUCCAACGGUCGCCUCGCCGAUGUCUGCAUCAUUGAGCUUGGUGGUACCAUUGGAGACAUUGAGAGCAUGCCCUUUGUCGAGGCCUUCCGCCAGUUCCAGUUUAAAGUCGGCCGCGAAAACUUUCUCCUUUUCCACGUCAGCCUGGUGCCCCAGCCUUCCACCACUGGCGAGCAAAAGUCCAAGCCCACCCAGCACAGCGUCCGCGAGCUCCGCGGCCUUGGUCUCAGCCCCGACUUUAUCGUUUGCCGCUCCAAGACUCCACUUCAGGAGGGGCUGGGCGAGAAAAUUGCCAUGUUUUGUCACGUCCCUUCUUCCCACGUCCUUGCCGUCCACGACCUUUCCUCCAUCUACCGCGUGCCCCUGCUCCUUGAGCAGCAGGACUUGGUGCCCAUGGUCUGGAAGCACUUUGAGCUGGAUGAAGCCCUAUGGGAGCCCCUGCCUCCCAAGCCCCUGCAACGCUGGCAGGAUCUGGCCGACCGCUACGAACAGCUUCGUAAGACGGUCAACAUUGUCCUUGUGGGCAAAUACACGGGUCUGAACGAUGCCUACCUCUCUGUCAUCAAGUCCCUGCAACACAGCUGCCUGGUGGCCGGCCACAAGCUCAAUCUCGAAUUUGUCGAGGCUAGCCAGCUGGAGGAUGAAGCCCGAGAUAAUGACCCUGCCAAAUUUCACGACGCGUGGAAGACGUUGACGCAAGCUGAUGGCAUCCUUGUGCCUGGUGGCUUUGGUUCUCGAGGUAUCGAGGGCAAGAUUGCGGCUAUCAAGUGGGCUCGUACCAAGAAGGUUCCUUUCUUCGGUAUCUGCCUCGGCCUCCAGCUCGCCGUCAUCGAAUUCUGUCGCAACGUUGUGGGAUGGAAGGGCUGCAACUCCACUGAGGUGGAUCCCGAGUGCGAGACCAAGGUCGUCAUUGACAUGCCUGAGCUCAGCCAGACCCACAUGGGCGGCACCAUGCGUCUCGGCAAGCGCCGCACCGUCUUUGUGAAGCGCGACUCGGUGGCCUGCAAGCUUUAUGGUGAGCCAGACUUUGUGGAAGAGCGUCAUCGUCACCGCUACGAGGUCAAUCCGGACUUAGUGGACGAAAUUGAGAAGCACGGUCUCCGCUUUGUUGGUCACGACAUCGAGGGCAAGCGCAUGGAAAUCAUGGAGCUUUCCGAGAAAGAUCAUCCGUUUUUCCUUGCCGUGCAGUACCAUCCCGAGUUUCUCUCCCGUCCCCUGCGUCCUUCUCCGCCAUUCUUGGGUAUGUCGCUCUGGCCCCUAGCCACGCCCUGUGCUGAAUGGUUUGCAUCUGCGUGUGUUCUUCCCAGCACAAGAGGAUUUACAUGA